AGUUAGUUCUCUUCCAUCUUUCGUGCGCUUCGGUCGGAACGGAAGUUCCCACUACGGAUUCGAUUUUAUAUUCCAUCGUCACUAGGGACUAGCAGAAAGAUCCUACUGCAGAAGUGCUGCUUUGUGUGCAAGCUGGUUCUACUAUUAUCGCUCCAAGUUCAAUCGGUUUAAAGAUAGAAGCGUUGUUUUGGUCGCGCGCCACACGAAAACAGACGACGGGAACGAAGUUACAUAAAAGUUGAUCCGACUCGACUUAUUUUGUGUCGUUUGUGCUGACUGCUGCAGUUUUCCUUCGGAGUUUGUCAGCGGAAGUUGUGUGUUUUUCGGGGUCUAGUGUUUUUGCUCCCUUUGGAUUGUUAUCAUGGCUGAUAAGGUGAAAGUGUGCAUCGUUGGAUCCGGCAAUUGGGGCUCGGCCAUCGCCAAGAUCGUCGGCUUCAACGCCAAGCGGCUGCCGAACUUCGACGACCGGGUCACCAUGUACGUGUUCGAGGAAACUGUCGACGGCAAGAAACUCACCGAAAUCAUCAACAGCACACACGAGAACGUCAAGUACCUGCCCGGACACAAGCUGCCGGAGAAUGUCGUCGCCGUUCCGGACGUCGUGGAAGCUGCCAAGGAUGCCGACAUUCUCAUCUUCGUCGUGCCCCAUCAGUUCAUCCGGGGUCUGGGCGCCCAGCUGCUCGGCAAAAUCAAAACCACCGCCGUGGGUCUCUCGCUGAUCAAGGGCUUCGACGUGGCCGAGGGCGGCGGUAUGGAGCUGAUCUCCCACAUCAUCACCAAACACCUCAAAAUCCCCUGCUCGGUGCUGAUGGGUGCCAAUCUGGCCGGUGAGGUCGCCGAGGAAAAGUUCUGCGAAACCACGAUCGGCUGCCGGGACAUGAAGAUCGCCCAGACGUUGCGGGAUCUGUUCCAGACGCCGAACUUCCGCGUUGUUGUGGUGGAUGACGUCGAUGCGGUGGAAAUUUGCGGCGCCCUGAAGAACAUCGUUGCGUGCGGGGCCGGCUUCGUGGACGGCAUGGGACUGGGCGACAACACCAAGGCGGCCGUCAUCCGGUUAGGGCUGAUGGAAAUGAUCAAGUUCGUGGAUGUGUUCUACCCGGGCAGCAAACUGUCGACGUUCUUCGAGAGCUGCGGUGUGGCCGAUCUAAUUACCACGUGCUAUGGCGGUCGUAACCGUAAGGUAUCGGAAGCGUUCGUGAAAACGGGAAAAUCGAUCAAGCAACUCGAGGACGAGAUGCUGAACGGCCAGAAACUGCAGGGUCCGAUCACCGCCGAGGAGGUCAACUUCAUGCUGAAGAGCAAAGGCAUGGAAGACAA